UUAAGCUUGCUGGCGGGGACGCACUCAGAGCUUCAACUAGCCAGAGAAAUCAGGUUGUUGUAACCGUUGAUGGGCAGAAAUCUCGGCCUGCAGUCGGACUAAUCCUGGGGAGGGGGCUGGCUCGUGUGUGUUACUGGGUGUGUGUACCAGUGCGGCGCUGAAAUGAAGUGUUGUUGAUGAUCGGACAUAUCGUCUGCGAGAAUCACUUUGUUGAAGUCGCGCCGUGAGGCACGCGGCGUGUUACAGAAUCGUCUCUCCGCCCAUCAACCUGCCCCGUAUGCCGACGAAACAGCUGAACUGAAGUAUCUCUUCUCAGUAACUCAUGAAAAAACUCGAAAGUUAAUUUGAGCCAAACUCUUCUGGAAAAAUGCAAAUUGACUGGGUAACUUCUGGAGAGCUGUUUUGGAUGAACGUAGAAGCAGGUACCGUUUGCCGUUCUUGACUUAAGUGAGUAGGCCGUACCGUUGUCAUGGCUUCGGGUGCCAGUAGUGGAGAUGAUCACGGACCUACCGCCGAGGAAGUCAAGAGUUUCAAGGACAAGUUGGAAGAAAUGUAUAAACCUACAGUGAAUGCAGCGGGAUAUAGCCCAGCACCCAGUAGACAGCAAGCGGAAUUGCGUGAUAAAGACGUUAUGAUGCAGAGGAUGCAGCAAGGCAUAGCACCCGAAGGUGCCGUUCUACAUGGCUUAGCAGCGGCCGCGUCACUGCAGGAUGCUGUCAUGGCUAGCCACUCUGGGAGGGGUCAAGUCGGGGUGUGGUGUGAGAGGUGCAAUAGUCGUCUUGUGGAGCUCAAGAAGCAAGCCCUACGACUUAUGAUCAUGCAUCCAGGUCUCAUCCGCCUUGCCAUGAAGGAUUCUUCUGCUCUCUAUGAAAGACUUCAAAUCCCUAAGUCACUCUAUGAAGCUUGGAAUGGCAGCCAGUGUGAAGUGUGUUCUACUCAGUUGAAGCAGCUCAAACAAGAAGCUGUAGCCAUGGUCCAGUCUCUGGAAGAGGCUCAGUCUCAGAGUGAGGCUGCCUCUCUCAGUAACCUCCCAGCACUAGUGGGAUCCCGCGACCUGGCCUCUUUACAACGUUACCUCUACACCCAGCACUCACACGGGAAUGGAUCUGGGCACAGUCGCUCCUCUCGCCAAGGCAAAAGUGCGUUGCCAGCUGCAAGCCGUCUUCCCCCGUCCGUGCCGGUGGCUAUCCAGGCCCAACAGUACCUAGAGGAGAGUCUGGGCUCCAAAUGGAGAGGAAAUCAAAAGUCUGGGUCUGUCCUGACACAGUGCCAAGUCCAGACUAGUUAUGGGGCAUCAGCCAAUGGUAAAGGCACAGUUUCUGAGAUGUCAGUCGCGGGAAGACCAGCCAUUCCUCAGAACCUUCCCCAGAGCCUGAGUUACCUGCAACACCACCAACAGAUGCAGCAACAGCAACAGCUUAUGCAACAACAGCAGAUGAUGCAGCAUCAACACCAACAGCAACAACACCACUUGCAGCAGCAACAACAGCAGCAGCAAGCCGACAGGUUAGCUGCUGCGACUGCAGGAAUGAGGCCACCGUUUAAUCCGGCUGUGCUGCGGUCUGGUACUGGACCCCCAAUGCCUGUAGGAGCAAACAUUGCUGGAACCUCGGCUGCUGCCUCCUUCUUUGCCAGGGCAGCUCAGAAGCUGAACCUCAGCUCCAAGAAGCGAAAACAGCAACAGCAGCUUCAGCAACAGCAGCUACGGCAGCCAGUGUUUGUCCCUGAUCCCCACACCAGGGAGCCAGAGCCCCCGCUGUUCCCGACCAACUUCAGCCAGGUCAUCGCCAAGUCCCCACCCUCGGCUCCCCCAUCCCUGCUCCGCAAUGUGGCCCGGGUCAAAGACAACCCCGGUGUCGGCAAGGUGAAAGUUAUGCUGAGAGUUGUCCCUUCAGGUAACCCAACAGACAAUGCUACAUUUGUCACUGUGGACACCAAGAAGAAGCAAGUGACCUUGUUUGACCCUACCUUCCUGUCUGGCUUCAUCACGCCAGCCAAUCGAAGGGCCGGCGUGGCUGCGCCCAAGAUGUUUGCCUUUGAUGCCAUCUUUCCACAAGACGCCUCCCAGGCUGAAGUUUGUUCAGGCAGCGUCUCAGAUAUAGUCUCAUCGGUAGUGAAUGGAGCAGAUGGCUGCCUCUUCUGUUAUGGCCAUUCGCAUCUGGGCAAGACAUACACGAUGGUUGGCAGUGACAAGUCCACGCACACUCUGGGCAUUAUCCCCUGUGCCAUAGCCUGGCUCUUCAAGCUGAUCAAUGAGAAGAAAGAGAGGACUAGCACCAGGUUCUCGGUUCGAGUCUCGGCUGUUGAAGUCUACGGCAAGCAGGAGAACUUGAGGGACCUGCUGGUUGAGCAGGCCAAUGGUAGCAACAAUGGGUGUGGCACCUCCCCUGCUCUCUAUCUCCAAGAAGAUCCCAUCUGUGGCAUUCAGUUGCUAAACCAGAAUGAGCUACGUGCUCCAACAGCCGAGAAGGCAGCCUUCUACCUCGAUGCUGCUGUUGCGGCUAGGAUGAACAAAGCCAGCAAAGAAGACUCAGAAGACAGCAAGUACUCUCACAUGCUUUUCACACUGCAUGUGUAUCAGUAUCGCAUUGACAAGUCAGGCAAGGGAGGUGUCAUUGGUGGGCGGAGUCGACUUCACCUGAUUGACCUCGGCAGCGGAGAUAAGAGUGGGGGUAAGAUUGUGAAUGGUGUGGCACUGUCGUACUCCGCUCUGGGACAGGUCAUCUUGGCAUUGCUGAACAACCAGAAGCACAUCCCUAACAAGGACAGCAAGCUAACCAGGAUCCUUCGGGAAGCCAUGGGGAGUUUGUCCUGUCGGACAGUCAUGAUCGCCCACGUUUCUUCUGCUAUCCAGUCCUACUCAGAGACUCUCAACACCAUCCAGCUAUCUUCAAGGAUUCAUCGUAUGAGGAAGAAGAAAUCCAAGUAUUCUGGCACCAGUUCAUCAGGCGGUGAAAGUUCAUGUGAAGAAGGACGGAUCCGGCGCCAUGUUCGUCCACUGCAUUCGCGACACCAGUCCAGUGGCAUGCAGGUCACCAACGCACUCAACCAGAGUGAGCCCGAGUACCUGUCCAGCAGUGAGCAGUCAUGUGACACUGUCAUCUACUGUGGUCCCGAUGGCUGUGCCCUAAGUGAUCGGGAGUUAACUGACAAUGAAGGACCCCCCUCCCACGUACCACUUUGGAAACCCCCUAUCCUUGAAUCGGAUGAAGAGGAGGUCGAUGAAGUUCCUAGUGUUGCUAAAGACUUACAGACAUUUAACAAAAGUAUGACAGAUCCCAUUUAUGAAGUGAUUGAACCAGAGGGAUCUUCACAAUUUCAAAAGGAUGCAUGCCAACCAGCAUCACUUCAACAACCUUCUGGAGGUCCAUCAACACCUGCUCAAGCCCCAUCAUCUAGAAUCCCAGUAGCUUCUAGCCCAGCCACACAGAUUGGCGUAGUGAGUCCAUUUAAGAAAAGUGGGCUUCCUUUACCCACAAGAAGACUUGCUCCAAAAUCUGAGCAGCCAUCCUCACCCAUAGAGAAGGCUACAGCUGCUAGAGGUACAUGUACUGAAGCUGGGCCAUUUAUGUCACCUUCAAGUAAGGAUGACCAGAGUGCAUCAAUGAAAGCAAAUGUUUCAGUAUCACCAGCAGAAACAUGUCAGUCAGAGGAGAAGUCACAGCCAAGUGUUAGCCCCAAGCCCAAAGUGCCCCCAAGGAGGACUCCAGGACUGAGCAAAGUCAUGACUGGGGAGGCACUGCUUGAGGAGGAAGACGUGACACUAGAGGGUCUGCCAACAGUACUAGAAAGCCAGGAGGAUGAAGCUGAUGGUAAGGGAACACCAGAGGAAAGAGCCUCGUCAGUUGAUUUGACAACUGCUGUUCUUGACCAGGUACAGUGUCUGCAGUGGGAGGAAGAUGUUGAAAGAGAAACAGAGGGGGAAUCUGUAAACCAGGAAGGCAAAACACAGAAAAUAAGCAAGGAGGAAGAGCGGAGACUCAAGGCAGGCAUGGAUCAACACAAGGACCUCCCUCCAAUCCUUCCUCCAAAACUGUUCCUCAACUGCAGCACUAGCAAAGUCCCGCCACCCCCACCCAAGCCCCAGAUCAACAAGCCAGUCCAGCCCUGCUUAGAGUCAGAUGAUGACGAUGAACUGUCCGAGCUGCGCAACAUGGACAAGAGCCUGUGCUCCCAGCUCAGGGCAGUGGAGCCAGAGACCCCAGGCAGUGACAGCCUGAAGGAUGGAGACUUCCUGGAAGGCAUCAGUCAGAAGAGGAUGUCAGUGCGAGAGAGAUUGAUGCUGAUGCACAGCAAUCUGGGCAGUACAGAUUCAGAUGCCAUCCUGAGAUGUCUUGGCUCCAUUGACAACCUCUCAGACAUGCUGGAGAAACCAAUCUCUGAGGUUUCGGAGGAUGACUUGUCCAUUGCUUUUUCGGAGCAAGACACAAUGAGCUUUGUUUCCCAGGACACUAGUGGAGCAGUUUCUUUUGAUGACAACAUGACUCUUGAUGACCUCCCGAUGGGAUCAGAAGCAAUCUGCUGUAUCAAAGAGCUUGAGCAACGCUCAAUUGAUUCCUUCUCAGAAAACUUCUCCCUGAGUCUCAAUGAAGCUAGCGUAAAUGGCUGUGUCAAUGAGCCGUAUUUACUUUUGGGUAUGGAAGACAGGGCCAACCUCAGUGUAGGGAACAUCGGUCACUAUGUGUACUCAGAUGAUGAGUCAGAGAUUGUGGAGACUGGUGGUGAAAGGCAUGUCCGAAGGAGGAGACGUUCAGAGCACCAUUCUGAGCAGGAAGCCUUUGAUUCUGUCUCCCUUGCUAGUCACGACUUGGAAGCCAUCAAAUCCAUGUAUGUCAUUUCCAGUCUGAACCUGGAGGACAUCUCUCUACUCGAUGAGGAUCUCUUGGAAGGCUCCGAGAUCACCAUGCCGGAGAUGAAGCUGCAGGAAGGCUACAUGGAGGAGGAGGCCACGGUCGUCACCUACAUGACUAUCAACGACGAGCAAGUGGUGAUGAGAGAGAAGCAUCUUGCCAUUGACCACCCACUGAGGAGGCUUAGCUGCAUCAGUGAUGCCACAGAUGCCACUUUCAGCACUACUUCACGGCCAGCAAGUUUCAUGGAGCAAGACGACGAUAACACCAUCGUUGAUGAAAAUGAGGAAUCCACCCUUGACAACUCUAGCUCUUCACAAUGGCUUCCAAAAAACGAAAGUUCGCCCGGCCUAAGGGACGCUAAUAGGAAUUGGAACUGUAGCUCAGGGAGGGUGGCAGGGACGCAGGCAUUCAAUCUGAAUCACCAAGUCAAAGGAUUUGUUGAUGGUGUGCAACUAAGAACUAAUCCUGAAAAGGGUGCGAUGUGUUUGCCACAUUUGACUCCUAAUGGAAAUCAGACCAGACCAGACCUCCGGGCUGAAUCCCCUGUCUGGCAGCGAAUGGACGGAGUAGUCCCUGACCAGCAGCUGUCAAAAAACGGGGAAGUGCUGCCGAUUCCAACAAACGGCAGCAAUAACAGAACAUUCUUCAAUUUAGCAGAUAAGAAGGAUUCCCAACUCAGUCAGUCCGCUACUAGCACCCCCAUACAAACUCCUCAGAGGAGCACGCAGAAUAAAGGUGUCUCUGUCAUCAAACUGGUUGAAAUCGAGUCCAAGGGAGUGCACACAUCCCCCAUUCAUAAAUGCUGUGAUCCAGCCCCAUCUGAAGCAACAAGCAUCUCAGGCAAAAUUAACCCCACGCCUGCCUCUAAAUCAGAAUCCUCAUCCAAGUAUGACAGCCCCCAGCAUCAUGCCCGCAACAGUUCUCGACUACGCUCCCUGUCACACCAACCGUCCCCUUUGGUCCUGAGUGCUGCCAUCUCCAGAGCCAAGGAGGAGAUGGAGUACAGACAUCAUCGCAAUAACAGCAGAGACUUUGAUCAGUCAUCCAGAGAUAUCUUGCUUUUACGAAGGCCCGAUGGGGCCGAUGCCAAGGAGGUGGAUUCAGACUGUCAUUUCAAUUACAUUGCGAGUAAAAUCCAGCAGUACGAACUUUCCGAAGAGACGAAAGAAUUGGCUGAAAUCCUUUCUACAAGCAGCUCGGAGCGUCCCCCUGCAAUUGGGGCAUGCUCUUCUCCCGCAUUUGAAGUAGAAGUUAAUCCAUGCUUCUCUCAGGAACUUGAUGAUGCAUUAAUCAAGGAUGCUGUGAACCCUGACUUGCCAGUUUUAGAUGAUAAACCAGACAAGGAAUCAGUGGAUGAGAUAAUAACUUGUCGGCAGUGUCCAGUGUCGGAGCAGGACAAUGAGGGGUCAGUUGCAGCACCCCAGGCACCAUGCAAACCAAAUAGAGGCCUUGUGAAGCCUAAAACAAACUCUUCCCACCUACCUCAGUCAGAAACCGAAAUUCAGCACAAGAAUUCAAAAAACUUUGCUGCUAAAACCAGUGACUCUUCUCGAAUACCUGUACCACCUGCUAAAAGUAGUAGCAAACCAGAGAACAGGUCACUGAAAGGAAGCUCCAUACCAACCAAAAUAGACAGAGGUAGCAAGCUCCCAAUUAGGUCGACCAGUCUGACAUCUGUCAACUCACAGAAGAAUGUACAAAAUAUCAAGUCUUCCAAGUCUAAAGCUUCAUCUGGACUCUCAAAGUCAAGUCGUAGUGAUGACAGUGGAAGUACCACCAGCAAGAGUAGUUCGGUGUCUUCCAGAAAGACGGUACCGCUUACAAGUAAGAUACCGCAGAGCGGCAAUAGUAAGGCCAGCCCACCAGGCUCCAAAGCUGGCCAGAAGGCUUCAUCCCAGGUUGCGUCCUCUAACCUGCCAGUCAGGAACAAGUCACUUAGUAAAUCAGCACCUUCACUCAGUAAGUCAACAGCAGCAGGGACCACAGCACCAACAUCCAAGAUCCCAACCAGCACUGGAACUACCGGAGAGCAAGCACUGCUGCGGAAUGUAAACAACAGUAUGGCACAGCUCCAACCCGGGAACAGGCUGACCAACUCCUCAGAUGGCAGCAAUGACAGUGGCAUCGCCUCCAGCGAGAAUGUCCCUACGCCUUCCAAGCGCACUAUCUUGUCGCCGUACUCCACCGUGACCAAGCCGCGGAUUCUGCGUGGUUCCAGCAGUGGGCAUGGUAGUGAUAAUAGUAGCACGUUAAGUGAUUGCCAAGCCUCUAACAAUGCGACCAAGUGCCGUGUUGGUGGUGGAGCGAGUAGUGGGUAUGAGAGCAUGCUGAGGGAUAGCGAAGCUACAGCUAGUGGUUCAUCCUGUCAUGAUUCCAUGAGCGAAUGCUCUAGUGGUCGGCUGAAGAGCUCGAAACUCCCUAAAAAGAAGUUUCCAGGGUCCAGGCGAAGUCGCAGUGCCCCACCCCGUUCAGCUACAGAUAGUCACCAAGCCAAGAACAACCGCUGGAAGGACUUGCCACCCAGACCCAAAUGCCACGAGGAUGGGGUUGAAAUCAAAGUCUAUGAAGUGGACGAUGUGCAGAAGCUGCCCCAGCAGAGGCCAGAUACAGUCAAGGGUGAUCCUCUAACUGCUACCGAUGACAGGGUACUCAAAGGCUCCAAGUCUGAGUGCACCUUCUGGAAAAGAUGGAGUCCAGCCCACCCCAACUCCCUCAGACCUUGGCGUAAGAGACAACCUUCCUGGAAAAGUGACUGAGGAUCCGUCCGACCCUGCUGACCCUUCAACUUUGACCCCUGAUGUCAAUGCCACAGUCGAUUUGCCGUGCUCAUCAGGUGGUGAAUCAGAAGUGUCCCUUGUUAGAGAAACUGAACACACCGAAGAAUCCCACAAGGACCACAGCAGUUGAACCACUAGAUUUCACCCACUGAAGGGUCCUACCCAGUUGUCUUGAACUAGGCCGACUAAGCCUUUAUUUCACAUACUUUUCCUUGUGCACUUCAAAGAAGGAAGAUAAAGUACAAUAUGACUUUGCUUCAGUGAACCUGUGAACUCUAGCACAUCUUAAUGCUCUUGCAUUCAAUCAUCAAACCAGCGUCACCACUUCUGCAUGUUCCACUUAAGAUCAAAGAGGCAGUGCUUUCAGAGUGCAUUGAAUUUUGACCCUCCUGGGUUUCUUGACUUAAAAAACAUUUUUAGGCCUGUGACAAAUAUGGAUGCCUGGCAGAAACCAUUUCAUGUUUUGCGUCUAUUCUCAGUAAAAGUUUUGAUGCUGCACGAAUAAUGUGUUCCCUGUGCAUACAGUUACAUAGUGAUAUGGGCAAAAUAAGAACCAUCGGUAAGCUUACUUAAGCUGGUCUUGCCUAAUUUUGCAACAUUUGCAUGUUGUGUUAUGUUAAAAGGUUAUUUGUUAAAAUACAUACAUGCAUUGAAGUAUUGCUGAAAUCUCUCAUAUGAUUUAUGCUCCCAGCAAGUCACUGCUAACAAUUUGAUGCCCUUGAGAAUUGAACUUGUGUGAGGGACAAAUUCUUAGGAGGGCUUCAGCACUUUGCUGAGCAUACCUUAAUUCACACCAGCUGAAUGAGACAUGAUUUUCCUUUUGUGAGGGGAUCUCUUGUUGAUGAAAAACUUGAUGUCCUUGGCUUUACACCUGGGAGCUUGAAAGACAAGAUCCUUAAUGGACACUGGAUAGGAUAAUCAAUACAAAUUAGACAGAAAGCUGUCCACACUCUUACACCAUGACAUAAACACGAGGCAUUUGUAGCUAAGGGAAUUGAUAAGGGCCCAGUGGACAUCUCAGCACCUUCUCCGUUCCACUUGGAGAGACAGUGCAUAGAGUCAAGCAAAAGGUUAAAGCCAAAAAUGAUCUCCAGUUAGGCAAGCGAAACCAUUUCUGAACAGAUUGUUACAAUGGAGGAAAACUCCUGUGAACUCUCUGCAAAAACUGUAAAAGGCAAUGGAAUGCCGGGCAGUGUUGGCAAAUGAACGACACAUACAUUAGGCUGGUCUUCAUGCAAGAGUUGUCCAUAUAAUCCUUGACUUACAUGUCAAACACUGCCUCAUGGCUAUCCAGAUUAUCUGUGUACAGCAAGUAGUAGCAUUGCGGUUAUGUCAAAGGAUUCCAUUUCACAUUCUAUGCAUCAGAGUUUUUGACUAAAUUCUAAGAAAGCUUUGGUGGCAUGACCUUUUGUACACAUUUCUAUAGACAUAAUAGUUAUUACCCAAGAUGUUUGAAACAAAUAUCCAGAAACUAAGCUAAUUAACUUAUUGAAUUUCUAUGUGGUAUAUUUAAUUCUUAUGAAGUUUCUGAAGUCAAACCUGAUGAAACACUGAAGCCUGUUCAUUUCAGAAGACAGUAUCUGGUAUAUGCACUUGUAGUUUGAAUUAACAUUUUUGAGAGCAUUGCAGAGUCCAGAGAAAAGAUCUUCAAUUACCAAUACUUGUAAUAACUUCCUAGCAUAUUGUCUCAGUACUAUUAUCUCCAGUAAUUAUGCAUAGGUUGGUUGUCAGUAUGAAGGAAACUACCCAGAUCAAGACAAUGAGCAAGCACCAAGUUUCGUUUGAAUGUACCAUGUUUGCAGUCUGGCCUUGUGUUUGUAUGCAAACAUGGUCAUCUUCCACAGACAGCUUCUAUGUUGUUUCAGCAAACAAAUUGAUGUACAUAAAUUGAUCGUGUACAAAAUACGUUGCCUUAAAUUAGGUAAGACUUCAGAUUGAUGGAAAACAAGAAGUUAAAAUUUUGAAAUGAGCAAGUGGAGAGAAAUUAAAGGUUUUUGUAGACAAAGAGAGACUGGCACAAGUUGACGAGUGUCCUCACAUUGCUGUAUGCCUCGGUGUCUGCUUUUUUUCCCUUAAAUGCUAACAGUCCUCAGUCCUGUAAGUGAAGGAUUGAGGACCGUUGGGUUGAAGAUUCUCGACAAUAUUUUUGCCUGUCUAUAUAGAAAACAACAUAUUAAUAUACCGCUUUGCUAAAAAUAUUCAAACCCUGCUUGUUUUUAAAACAAUUCCGCUCCCAUAAAUAUCAUGAAAAACGAAGUAGUCUCCACCAGGGCAGCUCAUUUUGAGACAUUUUUUUCCAAAAUAUGUUGUCAGACAAUUGUGGAGCUUCUGUCUUGACUGAAUCUGUUCUGAAUGCCCCAGUUCUCUUCUGUAGCAUGGUAUACCCCUCCCCCUGCCCCGCCUCCCAAAAAAAGAUUCCGACUUCAGUCUUGCCGUUUUUAAAUUUUGAAAAAUUUCUGGUAAAGUACACAGGGUACAUGGCUUCAAGGCCUAUACUUAGUUACAACAUUUUACAAAAUUGAAGUUUCAUGAUUACAAGAACGGGACAUUUUAUACAUAUAAGACAAAUAGGCAACUAUUUUCUUGUACAGAAGAGGACUAUAAUAGAUUAGAAUGUUUAUUGCUUAGCCUAGGUAAUACAGCGAUCAUCAUUGGUUCGGGUUUGAAUUUAUUAGUCAAUUACCAACAUGUCCUCUUGAAAAUAGAGCAGAGUUUAUUUAUGAACUAAUUAUUAUUUUACUAUGUAUAAGUGUAAAGAACCAUGUAAAAAUGACCAAAACGAGUCUUGCAUAUAACCAUUUUCAUAAAACACUAGUUAUGAAGCAGGAGGUUUUACCAGGAGUCUCCUGGUACCAGCACGAUUUACUGUGUGGAAAAUCAGUAUUUUUGGUUGAGUUCAAUGUCAGAUUCAGUGUUUUAAUCCAUUACUUGCUCUCACUAAGCUGAACCAAACAGAUUUACUGCCCCCAAAAACUUUCGAUUAGCAAUUAAGUGUUAGUGCUGAUCAAGAAGGUGACCGAAAAUGCCUGUUGGCCGUUACAGUUUGCUUUUACCUCACAAUACUUUCCUGAACUGAGCAAGUCUGUGUGGUGAAGAAAGAUGAAGUUGGUUCUUGAUAUAGAUUCAAGCAUAAAAAGGUAAACAUGUAAUAUUUCCACUCAAACCAUCAUUUAAAAAAAAAUUCCAGUGUUGUGAGAAUUUGUUGAUGUCACACCCUUGGAAGACGCGCAUCCCUUUAAAUGAUAUUGUGGAAAUUAGAAAGUCUGAGAGAAAACGAUUGUUGCAAACAAAUGAUGUAAUUGUUGACAUUUCACUGUGUAUGACAACCUCGUAAAUGAACUUUCAAGUUUAUGCCAAUGUACUUUGUACAAAAUCGGGGAAUACCAAGUUUGAAUUACGCGUAAAUGUAAACUAUAUUGUACAGAACACUAAUAUUUGGUAUUAUUUAAUAUAGCAUCUCUACUUUGAUUUGAAUUAUUCAGCAGUUGUAAGCUGAUGUUUUGUUGUGUUGUUUUAAAGGAAGAAUACUCGAAAGGAAUUUCUUGUCUGGAGUUUCAUCCUCUGUAUAAAUGUCAAAGUGUUCUUGAAAAUAGAAUUUAAAGAUAAAUAUCACGUAAUUAUAAUAGUAAAAAAAUACACCUAUCACUUGUUUUGUACCUGAAUUGAUUGUGAAGACGGCUUCAACCGAUAUACUUUGAUUGUAUGAAUAAAAUUGACUUGUGUUCUUUGUAA